CAGUGGAUUUGUUGUGACAUCUGUGACCUGGACGUGAACAUCUUGGGCAAGUUCGCUGUGGUGAUGGCUGACCCACCCUGGGACAUUCACAUGGAACUUCCCUAUGGGACACUUAUGGAUGAUGAGAUGAGGCCUCUCAACGUCCCUGUCCUUCAAGAUGACGGGUUCCUUUUUCUGUGGGUCCCAGACUGAGCCAUGGAAUUAGGGCGUGAGUGUCUCAAUCUAUGGGGGUACGAGCGGGUGGAUGAGAUCAUCUGGGUGAAAACCAACCAGCUACAGUGUAUUAUCCGAACAGGACGGGCAGGCCAUUGGCUCAGUCAUGGCAAGGAGCACUGCUUGGUUGGAGUGAAAGGAAACCCCCAAGGCUUCAACAGAGGUCUGGACUGUGACGUCAUUGUAGCAGAGGUUCGCUCCACCAGUCACAAGCCGGAUGAGAUUUACGGCAUGAUCGAGCGGCUUUCUCCAGGCACCUGCAAGAUCGAGCUGUUUGGGUAACCUCACAACGUACAACCCAACUGGGUCACUCUUGGCAACCAACUGGAUGGGAUCCAUUUGCUGGACCCCGAUGUGGUCGCUCAGUUCAAGCAAUGGUACCCGGACGGAAUUAUUUCCAAGCCUAAGAACAUGUAAGGCUACACCAGAGAGGCUGCAGCAAUGGACUAAGAGAAGUGGAC